AUGGUGUGUCACGGUGAGACGCGGUGUGUCACGGUGCUUGUGGUGAAAGCCCGCAGUAAUCACCGGCGGGUCGUGACCUCCAGCGGUUACCUGGGCCACCAGCAGCAGGCCUCCUUCCCCGCGAUGGACCGGCGGCUGCUGCAGUACCCACUGAUCUUCAUCCUCUGUUGGGGUCCAGGUUGGUGGUUCCUUCCUGCCUCAUGUGGUACCAGAGGAGCUGGCAGCCGGUCUGACUCUGUCUCCGUGUCGUUGGCCAGCGGUGAGUCUGGCUCUCCUCCGGCAGCUCAGGGCGCGGCCGGCAUCGCCUUCUACGUAUCCCAGCCUGUGGCCAGUCAGAGGUCAGAGCAUCAGAACCUUCAGUGUGUCCUCUGUCUGCAGGCCUUCACCGCGGCCUCUCAGGGGUUCCUCAACUGUCUGGUCUACGGAUGGACUCGAGGACGGAGGGUUGUGUCUCGAGACGAGGACACACAGACGCCUCUGCUGAGGUCACAGAGGGGGAGGAGCUACCAAACAACGGAGGACACGGAGGAAGGUCUGAACUGUGGGCCCACUGAGGCGACACAGAGGGGAAGAAGAGGGGCGCUCACGACGAGAAAAAACGGAUGUGAGAGAAGUUUCAAUGUGAUCGGGCCACAUGACCGCUGUGGAGGAGGAGGAGGAGGAGGAGGAGGAGCCUCUUCACUCCAGCAGGUGGAGUCUGAUUUAAACUGAACCAACAGACGUGAAACUCAAAGUAAGUUGAUCUCGUCAUCGGGAGAAGAACUUUGUCUCUUUGAUGGACGAAGGAAGAGAACGUUGUCCCUGAACACCACAUCCCCUUCCUCCUCUCAGGCAUGAGAAUCCCUCACCUUUCGGCGAAAUUCACCGUUUUGAAACCAAAAUAGGUGACUUACGUGAAUCGUGUAGAUCCGAAGAGUUUUUGUUUUGGGGUGGGGGGUCAAUUGGCCGGCCGGCGUUUAUGAGAUUGGAGUGGGACACGGAGAAAAUGUGGAGUGGUGCUCUUCGCAAUAAAACAUCUUUGAUGGGGCGUGUCGCGUCUCGGCCAAUCAGCGUCAAGACGUCUUCAGCGUUUGGGGGUUCAGGUUAGCUUGAAUGUUAGCCGCUACAUCUGCUGCUGUCACGCUGCACGGUGGAGCGAUGCUAACAAAGUACCCGUACGUUAAGAGCGAUGUGAUUUAGCAUAUUUUUAGUAUCGAUACUUCAUUAAAAGAGCGAUCAGAGCGCACGCAAUGCUCCGUGUCACGCUGUCUGCGCAGCGCUAACAGAGAGGGGCGUUAAGUGGCGGAAUUUUCGGCUUUAAAAAUAAAAAUAAAAAAGAUGCCAGAAGUGAAAUGUUUAAGUUCAGUCUGUAAAGUUCUGUAACUCUCCAGCUGCUCUUCCUGAUGAACUCUGUAUCCUCUGGUCAGAGACUAACGGCCUCAUAGUGGAUCAUCAAUGCUAUGAUGGCUCCAUGUAGUUUCAUUCAUAUCUUGCUGUAUUAAUACUAAUAUUACUAACAUUUGUUCAGUGUUGAAAAAGUUGGUAAAAAGUGAACCAUACAGAUAUUUUAUUUAUUACUAUUAUAGAUAAGUAUACCAGUAUCUUAUUUAUGGUAUACUGUUUUUAUGGUAUUGUAUCAGUAUCAUGAUAUUUAUGGCAGGUAUGGUAUAGAAGAUCAUGACAACCAGGUAGAGGCAGAACAGACUCGAGGAACAGACUCAAGGAACAGACUCUAGUCCCUGGCCCCUAGUCCCUGGCCUCUAGUCUCGGGCCUCUAGUCUCGGGCCUCUAGUCCCGGGCCUCUAGUCUCGGGCCUCUAGUCCCGGGCCUCUAGUCUCGGGCCUCUAGUCUCGGGCCUCUAGUCCCUGGCCUCUGGUCCCUAGUCCCUAGUCCCUAGCCCCUAGCCUCUAGCCCCUGGCAGGUACUAGUACUACACCACAGCAGGUACAUGUACUACACCACAGCAGGUACUAGUACUACACCACAGCAGGUACAUGUACUACACCACAGCAGGUACUAGUACUACACCACAGCAGGUACUAGUACUACACCACAGCAGGUACAUGUACUACACCACAGCAGGUACUAGUACUACACCACAGCAGGUACUAGUACUACACCACAGCAGGUACAUGUACUACACCACAGCAGGUACUAGUACUACACCACAGCAGGUACAUGUACUACACCACAGCAGGUACAUGUACUACACCACAGCAGGUACUAGUACUACACCACAGCAGGUACUAGUACUACACCACAGCAGGUACUAGUACUACACCACAGCAGGUACAUGUACUACACCACAGCAGGUACAUGUACUACACCACAGCAGGUACUAGUACUACACCACAGCAGGUACAUGUACUACACCACAGCAGGUACAUGUACUACACCACAGCAGGUACUAGUACUACACCACAGCAGGUACUAGUACUACACCACAGCAGGUACAUGUACUACACCACAGCAGGUACUUCCUGUUGACGUCGUUAACUCUCUCGCUUCCUGUUGACGUCGUUAAGUCUCUCGCUUCCUGUUGACGUCGUUAAGUCUCUCGCUUCCUGUUGACGUCGUUAAGUCUCUCGCUUCCUGUUGACGUCGUUAAGUCUCUCGCUUCCUGUUGACGUCGUUAAGUCUCUCGCUUCCUGUUGACGUCGUUAAGUCUCUCGCUUCCUGUUGACGUCGUUAAGUCUCUCGCUUCCUGUUGACGUCGUUAACUCUCUCGCUUCCUGUUGACGUCGUUAAGUCUCUCGCUUCCUGUUGACGUCGUUAAGUCUCUCGCUUCCUGUUGACGUCGUUAAGUCUCUCGCUUCCUGUUGACGUCGUUAAGUCUCUCGCUUCCUGUUGACGUCGUUAAGUCUCUCGCUUCCUGUUGACGUCGUUAACUCUCACCUCCUGUUGACAUCGUUAAGUCUCUCGCUUCCUGUUGACAUCGUUAAGUCUCUCGCUUCCUGUUGACGUCGUUGUCUCUCGCUUCCUGUUGACGUCGUUAAUUCUCUCACUUCCUGUUGACGUCGUUAAGUCUCUCACUUCCUG